ACCGGAUCCACUCCACGUUUUGUCCCCGCCGCCCUUAUUAUUAAGCGCCGUGUGGGAGAAUUAGAGGAAAUAACAACGCACUACGAACAAGAAGCGCGUGCAGGAUAACAUGGAAGAAAGGAAAAGAAGCCGCUGCACCACGCGCUGACUGAAUGAGGAGCACACAUGAUGAAGGAGAACGAGGACGCAGGACGUAUUUCUUUGCUGCCGCCUUUGCCGAAGCAUCGUCCGCACCUUCACCGGAGGAUGCUGCCGCCGCCGCUGCGCCUCUUGAACCGCCGCUAUCUCCUCGUGGUCUCGUGCGGUCUCCUCAAUUGCAUCUCACUUUGAAUCUCGCAACGUGAGACGGGCGAAAGAGAAUGUGCGUGAACGGGCUUUCCGUGGGAGCGGGGAGGUUGACUUGACGGUUAGAAAAAGGGUUUUUUUUCUUUCUGUGCAGCAUCUGCAAGGAUUUUUUUUCCUGCGCGCGGUCCUCCUCAGUCGCAUCACUGCCGACUUCUACGCAAAGGAGGAAGAAAACAAACAAGACGGACUUGAUAAUAUCCUCAGUGUUGAAUUAUUUAGGAGUAUCUGUUCCUCGAGAUCACCGUAUGCUGGUGUCUUUGUCUUACAUCUUCCGCGCAUGAACCCUCCCCGUGCUUGAAGUGGCGUUAACGUGGAUGAAAGCCGAUGGCCAGGCGCCCCAAAAUUCCUCAGAUGGGGGGGAUGCAACCUAAAAUAACCCCGAUGCCAAACGCUCUCCGCGCAUCGCCAGCCGAGGGAGCCCGGAAUCUGUGAUACGUAGACUACACGGCUUCUCCGGAGGACUGCCCCCCCCCCCACCCACCCCCGACCGCACGGAGUCCGGACAACGGCGACUUUUUAAUGGCUUUUGUCUUCAGACGAUGGAGGGUCUUACUGGUGCUGAACGUGCUCGCGGUCGCCGGGUUCAUGACUUUCUGGGCCAAGUGCAACACGCGCAGCAUCCAAGCCGUCGGUCCGGAGGCUCCGGCCGCCGGGAUGAGGCCCCGGGCCAACGGGACGGCGCAGGGGCCCAGCGUCAGCCACGAGGUGCUGCUGAAGAGGCUCAGCUCGCUGGAGGAUGUGGUGUACAGGCAGUUAAACGGUCUGUCCAAAUCUCUGGGCCUGAUCGAGGGCUUCGGGGGUCGGGGUAAAGACGGCCUUGCUGCCACGCUAUCGCCGGCCGAGGAGAGCGAUGCCAAAUACCUGAGGGAGAAGUACGGCUACAACGCCUACCUCAGUGACAGGAUCUCUCUGGAUCGGACCAUACCGGACCACCGGCCCGGCAAAUGCAGAAAGGUCAGCUACCCGAGAGAUCUCCCCCAGAUCUCCCUCAUCUUCAUCUUCGUCAACGAGGCUCUGUCGGUGAUCCUGCGCUCAGUCCACUCAGCUGUCAAUCACACGCCGGCUCACUUGCUCAAAGAAAUCAUCCUGGUGGACGACAACAGCGAUGACGAGCAGCUGAAAGGACCGCUGGAGGAGUACGUGAACAAGCGCUACCCCGGCCUGGUGAAGAUCGUCAGGAACCAGAAGAGGGAGGGACUGAUCCGAGCCAGGAUCGAGGGCUGGAAGGUGGCCACCGCCGAGGUGACGGGAUUUUUCGACGCCCACGUGGAGUUCACCCCGUCCUGGGCCGAGCCGGUGCUAGCCAGAAUAAAGGACGACCCCAAGAGGAUUAUUCUGCCCUCCAUCGACAACAUCAAGCACGACACGUUCGAGGUGGAGCGCUAUGAGAACUCGGGCCACGGGUACAACUGGGAGCUGUGGUGCAUGUACAUCAACCCGCCCAAACAGUGGUGGGACGAGGGGGACAUAUCCGCUCCCAUCAGGACUCCCGCCAUGAUUGGCUGCUCCUUCGUGGCCAACCGCGACUACUUUGGGGAGCUCGGCCUGCUCGACUCGGGCAUGGAUGUCUAUGGAGGGGAGAACAUCGAACUGGGCAUCAGGGUGUGGCUGUGUGGAGGCAGCAUGGAGGUGCUGCCUUGUUCCAGGGUGGCUCACAUCGCACGGAUGAAGAAACCGUACCACAGCAACAUAGCCUUCCACACGCGGCGUAACGCUCUACGCGUGGCCGAGGUCUGGAUGGACGAAUACAAGUCCAACGUCUACCUGGCCUGGAACAUCCCCAUGGAGAACCACGGUAUUGAUUACGGAGACAUCUCUCAGAGGGCUGCGCUGAGGAAGAGUCUGCAGUGUAAGAGCUUUGAGUGGUACCUCGACAAUGUUUACCCAGAGAUGAGGAGGUACAACAACACGCUGUUCUACGGCGAGAUCCGUAACUCUAAAGCGAGCCACCUGUGUAUGGAUCAGGGCAUGAAGGAGAACCACACGGCCACCCUGCACCCUUGCCAUGGAUGGGGUCCACAGUUAGGACGUUACACCAAAGAGGGUCAGCUGUUCCUGGGCCCUCUGGGCAGCACCGGGGACGACACUCGCUGUGUGGUGGACGAUCAGAUCAGCAGCUUUCCUCAGCUCCUCAACUGUGACAAGGUGUCCAACGUGAAGCAGAAGACGUGGCAUUUCUCUCAGAAUGAAUCUCUCAUAAAUCGAGCCACAGGACGCUGUCUGGAGGUGGUACCGGCUAACGUUUACUUCGGCCACCUGCUUGUCCUGCACCCCUGCUCCGGGCAGAGGUGGACCAUCAAGAACACCAUGAAGCAGUAGUCUCGUAGACUCGCCAAAUUCACCGGGACCAAUGACACACGAGGACAUUAUCAAGAGCCGUCCCCUGACCUCGGCUAGGCCAAGGGACAGCUGAUGGGGGACAGACUCCUCAUAUUCUCAAGAAAAGACAAGAAAGAGAAACGAGCGGUCAACAUCUCAGUGAUACAAGGUUUGUGAAAAGUGUUUUGAUUUUCACAAAGUGGACGUUCAAAUGAUGCAAAUGUAGCAUGAGAACUCUUUCUCCAUCUGACAGGCUUUCGAUGUGACGUUGCCAUUAUUCCUCUGCCACUUCUUCUCUACCAUGUUUUUAGGUGUAACGAUGGAGAUGUGAUGAGCCAAAACUCUGUUCUGUCUUAUGUGUGUGUGUGUGGGGGGGGAUAAGGUUUCUAUCUUCAUCCUCAAAAUGUUUCUGGUUUAUCUCCAUCAAUCACGUUCUGUCUUUGAAGACGUGUAGAAGAUUAAAACACCUGGAGUUACAUGAUCAGUAAUAUGCACUGAUCAGAAUCCAUUGGUAGUUUGUUAUAAGCUUCAUUCAUGGUUCUCCGCUUUUUAGCUUAAGUUUCCUGAAAAUGAAAGAGUUUCUACUUAUGACAGGCAUACAAUUUAGUUAAACAUUAAUGCCCCAAAGUGAUUUUUAUUUUCUCCCUAUUGAAGCCUAGACCUUGUAAAUAUCUAUAAUUUGAAGAUAAAGGAAUAAACAAUAAAUAUUGCUUGGUGUAACACAGCGUAUUUGUUUGCAGUUGCUGUAAAUCAUCUCAAAAAAGAAAUCACAUUUUCGAGGGCUACUGGGCUAAAAUCAUGGUUUUAUAUGUCGUGGAUGCAUUUGUCUUUUUUUUUAUUGUCAUUUUUACUCAAAGUAUUCGAUAGCACCAAAUGCAUUACAUCUUGUAGCAUGAUUGUAAGUACUGUAUACACAUGGGGACAAAGUUUAGUUAAGGUGAGCCUAUUAAUCCUGUUAACUGCUGAGUGCCAUAAAUACUGAAGAUGGCCAAACAUAAUAGGCUGCAGCCUGAAGCACUUUUCUGGACACCGAGUCUGCAGACUAAAGGAGGAAGAUGGAAUCAGGAAGGGAAAAGUGCACAAGUGUUGUGGAAAUGCUGGAGGCCUUUGAAGCCCAUAUUACUAUUGUAUUGAGAUGUAUAUGAUGUCAUGAAUUCAAUUAAUUCCAUGUUAUCAGUUGGAUUUUUUGCUCUCAAGAUUGUCUUCCAAUAAACAACUGGUUUCCUGUU